AUGGUGUUUUUCUCUGCGAAACCCGGUCCUCAGAUUCCAACGAAGGACCUGAUUUCUUGGAUUUUCGAUGAAUCGUCUCAUGAUCAGAAUGAGAAGAUUUAUAUUGACAGUAAAGAUCUGUCGAGAUCCCUUACUACCAACCAAGCGAGAGUAGUAGUGCGAAAGCUCGUUGCUGGACUUCAUGCGAAUGGAUUAGAAGAGGGAGACUGCGUUUGUUUGCACUCUUUCAAUGAUAUGUACUACUCAAUGCUCUAUCUCGGAAUCGUAGCGGCUGGUGGAGUGUUUACGGGAACAAAUCCUAGUUACACACAAUAUGAAUUGACUCAUCACAUCAAGACCGCCAAAGCCAAGUUUCUAAUCACAGAGCCUGAAAUGCUCGGUGCUGCUCUGGCCGCAGGCAAACAAUGUAAGAUUCCUCACUCGAAGACAUUCAUUUUCGAUGUCCACGGACAAGAAUUCCCGGAAGGAUACAAAUCGUGGAAAGUAUUGCUAGAUCAUGGAGAGAAAGACUGGCGUCGUUUCGAUGAUUUCGAGACCGCUAGCAAUACCACCGCUGCGAGAAUGUUCAGUUCGGGAACAACAGGCUUGCCAAAAGCAGCGGUUGUAAGCCACUACAACUUGAUCGCUCAGCACGAGUUAGCCUACAGCGACCACAAGCCGUUUAGAGGCAAAAGAAUUCUUGCACUUCCUAUGUUUCACGCAGCGGCGGCUCCAGUAUCACACACAACUGUUUUGAAAGCCGGGCAACUAGCGAUAGUAAUGAGAAGAUUCGACCUCGAAGAGUACCUUGCCAAUAUCGAAAAAUGGGAAAUCAACGAGGUCGGAAUUGUACCUCCAAUAGCUAUAGGAAUCAUCAUGUCACCACUCAACAAGAAAUAUUCCUUGAAAAGCGUACAACAAGUUAUGAUAGGUGCUGCACCACUUGGUCGGGACUCACAGAAGAGGUUGCGAGAUCUGCUGCCAAAAGAAGCGAUGGUGCUCCAGGUUUGGGGUAUGACCGAAAUGACAUGUAUUGGGAGUAUGUUUCCAUACCCCGAGGAUGACGAUACCGGAAGCGUGGGGAGAGAACAAAGCUUAAUGUACUGUAGGAUUAUCGACGAUGCGGGCAAGGAUAUAUCAGCCUACGACACUCGAGGUGAACUUUGUAUUCGGGGCCCAAUUGUAGUCAAGGGAUAUUUCGAAAACCCUGCCGCGAACGCCGAGUCAUUCGAUUCCGAGGGGUUCUUCAAAACUGGCGACAUAGUUUACUGCGAUUCCAAAACCCAGAAGUGGUAUGUUGUCGAUCGAAAAAAGGAAUUGAUCAAAGUGCGCGGCUUUCAGGUCGCUCCUCCCGAAUUAGAAACGGUUCUCCUUUCUCACCCACACAUCAUCGAUGCUGCUGUCAUCGGAGCGAAAUGUCCCCAGGAUCCAGACGUAGAACUCCCAAGGGCCUAUGUGGUAAGGAGAGAUAGUGAAGAAGGAAAGAAACUCAGCGUAGAGGAUGUGAAAAAAUGGUCUGGAUCAAGACUGGCGAAGUUUAAAGAAUUGACUGGAGGCGUGAUUUUUGUUGAUUCUAUUCCUAAGAAUGCGAGCGGGAAAAUCUUGAAGAGGAUUCUGAGAGAGCAGGCGAAGAAGGAAAUGGAUGCUAGCAAUGAGAAGGCUAGAUUGUAG